AUGACACCUUCGGAAAUUGCAGACAACGCUCUCAACGCUACACUCGAGAAAGUACAAUCGCUAAUGAAGCUUUGUAUCAAAUUGAAGGCAAGUGACCCAGGCACGCUGACGUUAUCGGAUGAGAUCGCCAGAUGGUUGGCAAAAGAUUUGAAGCUUUAUGGGGGGAGCGCCACAUCGUUCUCCCCUCAGCUGCUAUCCUGCGCCGCCAUAGUACGGCAGCAUUCAAAGGCUGGCGCCUUUGUAUCGUUGCCCGACUGGACCUCUGUCAUGGACAAUGACCUGCGCAUUAAGAGUCACCCGCAAUGCCACAAGAUGGUGGACUACCGCCCCUUUUCCCAACCUGAACCCACCACGUCGUCCUCGGCUGUCCCGGCGGAGGUGCAAUCGACGACACAGACGCUUACCAAAUCGAUCUUGGCUAUUGGACCCACACAGCUAGCCUCAUCGAAGGCCAAACAACCAGUUCCACCAGCUGACCAGGAAGUGCUACCAAAUGCAUUUGCGUUGCGAUCUCCGACUGUUCCGGUAACGGAGCCCAUCGCAUCGGACAUCCAAAGCACGACAGCCUGCCCUAUGAUACCGGAGCUGCCGACCCCCCAUCCACCUUCCAUCUCCCCCGUGGUGAAGAGCAGGAAAAGGAAAGCAGAAGAGACUCACUAUGACGAAAUGACCGUAAUGCAUGGACACGCACCAGCUGCCAUAUCCCGGACGCCGAUUCGAAAACUGAAGAAGGUGGCAUCGGGUGGAGAGACGAUUGAUGAGAAGCACAAGACAUUGUUGGUAAAGACCUGGGAUGUUGUGGCCAUGGAUACCACAUACAAAGACACAUACCCAACUGACUGGGUGGACAACGGAGGUGUUUGGGAUACAGCCACCAGGCUGGCUGGACCGAACAUAAAUCCUCCACCCAAACGUCCCAGGAUGCAUGAAAACAAGUCACGCCCUGCCUCCAAAAAACUGGCAGAAAAUGCUCCAGCCAAGACCAUCAAACCAUCCACUCGUUCGUCUUCCCGUGCACAACAUAAUAUUACCUUGGACGACCUGCUGAAAGAACAACCGACGAACUUGAGGCCUCAUCAUGCUGAUCUUCGGGCACCCCAAAAUAUACAGUCGUGUGAGCCUUCCCAAUCCUUGGAGGUAACAUUCCCUGCACUCAUUUCCAUGCUGGCACCAGUCCUGCCAUCAGCACACGCUAACUCCCCGGAGCUGGAACCCACUGGAAGAGAUAUCUUGCAGAGCAUCCGGGACCUCAGCAAAAGAUUCGAUCUCCUUGCAACCAAUGAGCGAGCGGACACAUUGGAUGCAAGAGUUGAUUCAGUGGAGGAAAGGUUUGGAUGGAGGCUUAUGGAGCUGGAGAAACAGAUUAUCACAUCGGAUGCGCGUUGGCAGUCGCUCUCCUCGUCGGUGGGUAAUCUAGCGAUGUCCUUGCGGGCCCAUCAGAACUAUCCGGCUGCUCACCAUCAUCACUCCAACAGUACCAAAUAUGCAGAGCAAAAUGCUGCCCGUCAUGAACUCACAGAAUCUAUAUCAUCGGUGGAAAAAGCCUCUCCAUCAACCUCCUUCCCAGCUCAUUGGCAAGAACACUCACUUGGAUCCUCCCGACGCUCCGCCCAACUGCCUGCGAAAUCGGAGCAGAUCUUCACUGGUGUCGCAUAA